AUGGCUCUGCCUGCUUCUAGACAUCGUGGGUCUGCAUACAUCGAAAAUCUGGGUCUGGGUGCCAUCUAUCCUAUGACGAACCUCACCGACGAGCACUACGCAACGCCGCUGGACGUGCCAGACCUCCCACCGAUCGAACGUUCCUCAGUGCAGGCGUACAUUGAUGGACCCCUCGUGGCGGGCGCACCCCCCGACUUCGAAUACAAGACGGGCGUUGUCUUUGGUCGACACAGAGCGGCGCUCUACAUGGCGCAGCAUGCACAGUGGCGCUCGUGGAGUAUAAGAAGCGAGUCCCAAGACAUGCUUGACAAGUGGAACGCAUGCCGUGCUCCCAAACAGGGCUUUUUCCCGCCGACUUUCUUGCUCCAUAGCAACGGCGACAUGAAGAUUCUUCCUUCCAACCCAAAAGACAUGGCCAACGUCCUAGCGGAGGCUGGCAUCGAUUGCCGCCUGCACUUGGUUCCCGAUCAAGCACACUUCUUUGACAUGAUCGCAGAUCCAGAUGACGUUGCGACGCUGGACCGUCUUGAGAUCAGCCAUAUGUUUCGUUGGCUCAUUUCCGCCCUCUAUCCGGAUAGCUACGAUUGCGAACCAGCAUGGUAG